AUGGGUGCAACGAACAAUGUAAGAAAAUCUGAUUACAAGGCCACGGAGGCAAGGAUCAAAGAGGAAGAGAAUGAAAAAAGAGAACCUUCAAAUCGUGACCAGAUAUGCUUUAAUGAAGUAUCUGAAUCAAACACAAGCAGACAGUACCAAGAAAGACUAGUAGCCGCAAUACAUGAUAACCAGCGUGAUAGAUCCCAACGGAUGACAAAACUUACAUCAAUAGCUAGCAAAGGUGAUACCAAAGGUAGUUGUGAUGAGUUAUGCGAUUACUUCUUUGUGGAUGGAGAAGUGCCUACGUCAUCAUAUGAGCCUUUGAGUACUUACAGUGAUAUUUGGACUCUAUGGUUUAACCUUUGA